GCGGUUUGAAUGUGCGGCGCCUCCUGCGGGAGCCACGGUCGGGCCUGCGGCUGGGAUGUCGGUGUUGAUGCCGAUGGACAAACUGCCAGGCCUGAACAAAGCCACCAUCUUGCUGGUGGGCACCGAGGACGCACUUCUGCAGCAGCUGGCGGAAGCGAUGCUCCAGGAGGACUGCGCGUCGGAGUUGCAGGUCCACUUGGCAAAGUCCCUCCCUCUGCCCUCCAAUGGGAGUCGGCCCCGAAUUGACCUGAUUGUCUUUGUGAUUAACCUUCACAGCAAAUACAGCUUCCAGAACGUGGAGGAAUCUCUGUGCCACGUGGACUCCAGAUUCUUCCUGGGCAAGCUCUGUUUCCUCGCCACAGGUGCUGGACAGGAAAGCCACUGCAGCGUGCACCAGAGCAUGGUCGUGAAGCUGGCCCACACCUACCGCAGCCCCCUGCUCUUCUGUGACCUGGAGGUGGAAAGUUUCCGGGCCUCCAUGGCACAGCGCCUAGUGCGCAUGCUGCAGAUCUGUGCCGGUCACGUGCCCGGCGUGUCAGCCCUGAACCUGCUGUCCCUGCUCAGGAGCUCUGAGAGCCCUUCACUGGAGGAGCUGUGAGCCUCAAAUGACAGGCGGCGGUGAGGACCAAUCAGGGCUCGGCAGGCCUGAGUCAGGAGGGAGGCCAGCACCCUCCCACUCCCAGGCUCACACUAGUGAGUCCUGCAUCAUUCGGUCGAAGUCGUGGUGUAUCUCCACUUCCAUCGUGGUGUAUCUUCACUUCCUUCUGGUGUAUAUCUCCACUUCCUCCGUGGUGUAUCUCCACCUCCGAGCUCCUGAAGACUAAAGGUCCACGGCUU